AUGGACAAAACCAAACUCUCCGCCAUCUCCCUCCUCGCCUCCCUCUCCCUCACCGCCGCCUGGCUGCCCGAAACCGACAAACAGAUCACCUCCACCUCCGGCACCAACCUCUUCAGCAGCUCCAACGGUAAGAUCCGCGGCGUGAACCUAGGCUCGCAAUUCGUCUUCGAGCCCUGGAUCGCUGAAUCCGCAUGGUCCGACCUUGGGUGCAAAGACCAGAACUCCGAGUUCGACUGCGUCUCCAGCCUGGGCCAGGAUGUUGCCAACGAGGCCUUCGCGAAGCACUGGGCCUCGUGGAUCACGCAGGACGAUAUCUCGCAGAUGGUGGCGGCCGGGCUGAACACAAUCCGCGUGCCCGUCGGGUACUGGCUCAACGAGGACCUGGUGUACCGCGACAGCGAGCACUUCCCCAUGGGUGGCGAGGAGUACUUCGAGAAGGUCUGUCGCUGGGCGAGUGAUGCCGGCAUGUACAUCAUCGUGGACCUGCACGGAGCCCCGGGCGCCCAGACGCCCCAGAACGCCUUUACGGGCCAGUAUGCCGACGAGCCCGGCUUCUAUCAGGACUAUCAGUACGAGCGCGCGCUGAAGUUCCUCGAGUGGAUGGCCGACAAGGUCCAUGGCAACGAGGCGUACCGGAACGUGGGCAUGCUGGAGGUGGUGAACGAGCCGGUGCAGAAUGCGGACCAGACGGCGUCGAUGAGGUCGAGUUACUAUCCGGAUGCUUUUGACAGGAUCCGCACCGUCGAACAAAACCUCUCCAUCGACAAACCCAACUACCUACACAUCCAAAUGAUGGACAAGCUCUGGGGCGCGGGUGACCCGCACGAAUCCCUCACUGACGACUACUACGCCGCCUACGACGACCACCGGUACCUGAAAUGGGCGGACGUGGAGGUCUCGCACGACAGCUACAUCAGCACCUCGUGCAGCGACCAGCUGGACAGCAACACGCCGACGAUCGUGGGCGAGUGGAGUCUCAGCGUCCCCGACGACGUGGAGCACAGCGACGAGUGGAGCCCCGACGCCAACGGGGACUUCUAUACGCGAUGGUUCGCGGCUCAGGUCACGGCGUAUGAGAGGCAGCAGGGGUGGGUGUUUUGGACUUGGAAGAGUCAGUUGGGGGAUUUGAGAUGGUCGUAUCAGGGUAUGUUUUUUUUUGUCCGUUUUUCCUACCCUUGCCCUUGUUCUUUUAUUUUCCUUUCCACUUUGGGAUUUAUCAACUGUCUCCUUUUGUUGGUUUUAUUGUCGAUAAGAAGGACCAGACUGACUCGAAUACUGCUGCUUAGAUGCCGUUGCGGCGGGCGUGAUUCCCAAGGACUUGAAUUCGCUGGCCAAUUCGGGAGUGUGCAAUUAAGUGCUUGCUCGCCUUGA